AUGUCUCAUCUCCGUCUCCUAUUUCUCCUACCUGCUAUUGCACUUCGCGUGUUGUGUGCUCAUUUAAUGGGAUCAAAUCGAACUACUUCCUUUCUGGACGAUAUCCUUCUGGAUGCUGAAGCCGACCCUCCCUCCCCCACCUCUUCCACCAUCCUUGGGGGCUUUGUUUACUAUCAAUGGGCUUUUGUCGCUCUCGGUGUUUCCACCCUCUGCCUCAUGAUUGUCCUCGUUUCUGUUAGUUGA